CUGUUGGAACGUUCAGGUUCGUCUCGGUCGCUCGCCCCGAUUCCCCGAACGCGGAAGCCUCUACCCGGAACGGAAGGGGGGGCCUGCAGGGAGGGGCCGAGCCCGGGGCCCGAGUAUGGAGCCUGUCUCUCUCUGGACUUCGCAGACGGUGCUGGCUUGGAUCCGAGGUUUGGAUCCAGCAUUACAAAGUUACCCAGUGGAGACGUGGGAGCUGACCGGGAAGAGGCUGCUCCGGUUAUCCUAUCGGGAUUUGGAGAAUCUGGGCGUGAGCUGCAUCGGCCACCAGGAGCUCCUCCUGGAAGCUGUGGAGCAGCUUUGUGUUUUGAACUAUGAGCUGACAACCUCCAACCUGAGGACACUCACAGAGAAGCUGCAAGGGAUCCUUCGGACGAUCGAGGUCUGCAUUCUGAGUCGAAGAAAAGUGAGCAAUUAUCACAGAGCGGCUACCGAAAAGUCCAGCUUGGAUCUCCUGGCAUCUGUGGUGGAGUUGAUCAGUGCUGCUAAAGGCCUCUUUUUAUGGCUGAACAGGUACUUAUUUGCUUAGAUGUUGGGAAGGGUGUGCGUAUCCAAGGCUGCUGUCAUCUUGAUAAAACAUGGGAGGGCAGUGUGUGGUUGCUCAUAAUUUCCUGCUGCCCUCAAUAAACAAUCACAGUCCACUUUUUGAAA